AUGUCGACAUCCACAGAUCCGACUGUGCCGCUCCCGACUGAGACAGAGAAAGACCGCAAGGACAGGGACGAUGAUGACGAUGACGACGUGAGCUCAACUGCACCUGCUCCAACUCCAACGCCGCCAACACCGGGUCCUCCUGGGAGACCAUCACCGGCCGAUGCAUCACAAUCUUCACAAACCUCUCUUCCUUCUUCAACCUCGACGCAAGCCUCUGCUUCAGCGCCCGCAGUUCUAGAAUCCGGAAAUGGCGGUCUGGGCGUUGGCGCGAGCGCUGGUAUCGGCGCAGCAGUCGCCGUUGCUGUCAUACUACUUCUACUAGGCGGCUGGUUUUGCGUGCGUCGAAGGCGAGCUGGAAUACGCCGGAAGAGCACCCUGUCACAAAGUUCGUACGACUUGGAGAAUGCGACAAAGGGGAGCGAAUGUGGAGCCCUCGGGCCAGCGGAGAUGGAGGCUGGGUGUAAUAGCGAGAAGAGCGCUUCUGAACUCGCCAGUCCUGUUGUUCCCGUGGAGGCCGUUGGUGACCGUCGACUCUUUGCUGCAGAAUUACCAGGUUCCGAAGUCCUUCCAAACGACGAAAAGAAAGGCACUGGGGAGCGGCUCUUCCCGGACUCGCCAAUCGAUGACGAAGACGACCAGUACCACGUCGAUUCGAAGAGUAUCGAGGAUAAGAAAGCGUCGUGUUGA